AUGUCUGAAGAAAGUCUUACAGAGACCAACGGGUUUUCCAAAGGUCCUCUAGAGGUCUACAAUAUGAAGAAUGGAAGAAGAGGCCGCGCUCUCAUCUUUAACUACGAGCAGUUUGAUCCUGACCUGCAGAUGAAUCCAAGGUUUGGAAGUGAGACUGACUGUAAGAACUUGGAGAAAAGUCUGAAACAUCUUGGCUUUGAAGUGAAGGUCUUCAGAAAUUUAAAUAAACAUGAAGUUAAUUCUGAACUUGAUAAAGAUUAUGAUGAAGAUUAUGAAGAUGAUAAUGUUUAUGCAUAUGAUGGAAAACUCCCCAUUAAAACCAUCACAGAUAAGUUCAAAGGAACCGAGUGCAAAAGUCUUGUCAAAAAACCCAAAAUCUUCAUAUGGCAGGUUUGCUCUGAAAAUGAGGAAGAAGAAGCUCAUGAUGCCAUUAAGAAAAAGAACAACUUGGCAGGUGCUGGAGCUGUAAAAACACUUCCUGCUGCAGCUGAUUUCAUCAUGUGUUAUGCUGUGGCUAAAGGCAGCUUUUCCCAUCGGCACACUAAAAAAGGCUGCUGGUACAUCCAGGAUCUGUGUAAAAUGCUUGAGAGGUACGGUGAUUCACUUGAAUUCACAGAAUUACUGACCCUUGUCAACAGAGAAGUGGCUACGAGGGACAGCGGUGACAACAGCAUUAAAGGAAAGCAAAUACCGUGCUUUGCUUCAAUGCUCACCAAGGAAUUGUACUUCCACCCAAAACAGUAA